AUGACCGACGUGCUGUAUCAGCUUGUGAAGAACCCGAAGACUCUGGAAAAGUUGAUUGAGGAGAUAGACGAUGCACUGAACGAAGAAGAAGACCAACCGAAGGACGGAGUCAUCCCAUGCGACAAGAUGAAAUAUAUGCCGUACCUGCGGACAGGCCUGGAUGAAUCACUGCGCCUUUUCCCGACAACACCCCAUGGCCUCCCGCGGGAGAUACCACCAGACGGUAUUCAGGAGGCAUUCUUGUUGCUAUGUCUGCCUUCGUCGCGCACAGGAUCGAGUCAAAAUUUCCCCCGAGCGGAUCAGGACAUUUCGGAGCGGUGGUUGGGAGAAGAGGGCAAAUCGCUCCAAUCUUUCAUCCUAGCUUUUUUCAGCAGGGGUGAUGGGCUGCACUGGCCGCAACAUCAGUAG